AUUUUCUGGUCGUCUGUUUGAAACUGAGGCUCAGGACUCUGAAAUAUCUAUAAUGGCGACCUAUAAACAUAUAUCCAUAUGUACACCAGUAUACAUGCCGAUAUACCCCAAUUCAAGCUAUACCCAGGAAGCUGCGUUGGAGAGAUGUGGUUAAGGAAACCUCGAAGAACACCAAGCAUCUUCUUCGGGGCGACUCGAGAUUCAUUUCUUUUCUCAACCAUUUCAGACCUUCAUUGGAUAUCUUGUUAUUUGAUUAUUUAGCCUCUGCCCAUUCCUGGCUCACAUAUUUCUUCUUGGACAGCCUUGCCAACUAAAUACCUACAAUGAAACCUCAGCUUUGACAACCCAACAUGCGAAGCUCCAUUAUUAUUGUCGCCAUUGGGUGCUUUUCCGCUGCAAAACUGACGUGGUCUCAACUUGUGAUAGCGCCCCUUUCAAAUACUCCAGUGCCACCAUCAACACAACUCCCCUCCGAAGGAGCGCAAGAUGCAUCGUCGACUGUACAAAUUCAAAUGGUUAAAGUGCAGUCGGACCAGGAAGAGAGCGUAGGAGGUUUCUACAAUGUCUUCAAGCCCAAAUUUUCAAACAAGCGAUCUUCAGAGAAAGGCAGUCAUGAACUCAACAAUGACACAAGCGGCGCAAAUGAGGGCUCUGACAAUACAAAACGAACACCUUCUUCAAAGACCACUAACACAGAAACCCGAAUAUCUAAUGGUACGAGUAAUGCAAUCAAUAGCGGCGCCAAUUUCUCAGUUUAUUCGACAGCAACGGAAUCACUCUCGAGAGCCACGCCAUCGAAUAAAUCACUGAUACCUUUAUGGAACUAUAAGAAAAGCUCUAUUGCUGCGGCUUGCAUAUUUACGACUGUCGCUGUGGCGGCGAUUAUUACCUUACUGAUACUGUGCAUAAAACGAUUCCGAAAAAGCUGGGAACGCCAUAAACGAGAAAGGCAGAACGGCGGGGCCUCGAAAUACUCUGCCAUUCCUUUGACUGAAGAAAACCUGGCAUCCAAUUCAAACCUGAAGCUCAAAAACCAAGCAAGCCGGGAAUCCUUGAUGUUUUACAAAAGCAACUCGUCGUCUCUAUCGUUUGAUGUCAUGGAACGUGACCAACACCCAGUGAAUAAAAAACAUCGCGCCAACGAUGUCCCUGAUACGAUGGAUCCGAGCCAGCUAGCAAGUGUACCAGGCACUAUAACGAACUCGAACAGUCAUUUGAAAUGCUACAUUGCUCCAGAGGAAGGUCAUUUUGGUUUCAUUCAAAAUACAGCAGCGGUUCUACACCACCCUCUCGCCCAGAUUUCUUCACUGGAAGCCAUGGAAUCGCAGGACAGAAACGGGCCAGCUAGCUGCCAUGGUCCGGAGAGCACAGCUCAGGACACUGUGGACCAAGCCAACAAAGCUCGAAAUUCUUCUGGCAGUGGUAGCGAUGAGUCGUCGAAAUCAAACAAUCUUGCAUUACUGCCUUCCAUACAGAAGUCCACAUCACCUCUUUUCAGGCUCUCUGCUUUUGGAUCGGGCCUGUGACGUUUGGGGGUUAUUUUCACUCGUUCAGAUAAGCCUCAUAUUGCAUAAGCUACGGUUACUUGUGUCUAUUGUUGUCAUCUUUAUUCGACUGCCUUGUGGCUCAACGAAAGCCAUGAUGAUAUUAGUGCUACUGUACAACUUUCGGCUCUUGCACUUGUCCGUUCUUUAUUUCACUUGCCCUCUAUUUCCAAUACACCCACGGUUCUGGAAGUUGGUCUUUUGGUGUCAUUUUAGCAUGGUUUAAUCCAUGUGAUCCAUAGAUUAGGUAUCAAUGAGAAAUCUUGACGGGUUGGACAUAAUUCAACAUGGCCUAUCAUCAUCUGCACUAACCUUGUAACAAAGAACAAUGCAUAACCUAUAUUCAUUGACUGAUCGAAGUUAGUCUGUGAAAAGUAUGGGACUCCGGUAAUAGAA